UCCAUUUGCGGUGAUUGGGGAUGUGAUUUGUGGGCAGGAGACGGAGAGAAAAGGAAAUCAUAAGAAGACCCUGUUGGAUCAGAUCAUGCAUCCCGUUGCCUACAGGUGGCUAACCAGAUGCCUUUGAGGCAUUGAAUGCAUGUUAGGAAUCACUAGGAAAAGGAUCAGAAAAUAAUACCGCCAAUGUCAGGUGCAGUCAUACUUGUAAUGCUGUGCAUUGUUGGGGUCCCCAAACCUCAAAAAGGAUACUGUAGAGCUGGAAAAAGGUUCAGAAAAGGGCCACCAAAGCGAUCAAGGGGGUGGAGCGACUCCCCUAUGAGGAAAGGUUUCAUCAUUUAAUGUAUUUUAAAGUUUGUUUUUAUGAUGUUUUAAAGUGUUUUCAUUGCUUUUGUUUGCCGCCCUGGGCUCCUGCUGGGAGGAAGAGUGGGAUAUAAAUCAAAUAAUUAAUUAAUAAAUAUACAAAUAAAUCAUUUGGAGCUGUUUAGUUUAGAGAAAAUGUGAGGUGACAUGACAGAAUGGUAUAAAACUGCACGAUGUGGAGAAAGUGGAUAGAGAAAAGGGUUUUUCCCCUCAUAACACUAGAACUCGUGGACAUCUAAUGAAGCUGAAUGCUGGAAGAUUUAGGACCGACCAAAGAAAGUCCUCCUUCACGCAGCGCAGAGUUAAACUAUGGCAUUGGCUCCCACAGGAGGUAGAGAUGGCCACCACCUUGGAUGGCUUUCAAAGAAGAUUAGAUGAAUUCAUGGAGGAUAACAGUAUUAAAGCUACUAGCCACAAUGGCUAUGCUCUACCUCCACUGUAGUAGGCAGUAUGGCUCUGGAAAAUCACUUGCUGGAAGCUGCAGGAGGGGAGAGUACCCUUGCGCUCAGGUCCUGCUUGGGGGCUUUCCAUUGGGGCAUCGGGUUGGCCACUGUGAGUUAACAGGAUGCUGGAUGAGGUGGGCCACUGGCCUGAUCCACCAGGCUCUUCUGAGGUGCUUAGGUAAGACAGCAGCCCUUCAACAUUGCCUUCCCCCCAGCGCUCAACUGCUAUUCUGAGGGCCUCUUUCUCCGUACAUGGAGAUUUUAUUGUGCUGUUUUGGCUAAAAACCAGGGACAGAGCUCUCAUCCGUGAACUUGCCUAACUCCAUUUUCUUAGUCAUGUAAAGAGACAGCCAGGACUCAUCUGAAGAAAAAAACGAAAACAGGAAAGGCAUUGUUUAAAAAAAGAAGUGUUAAGUUCCUGUUUGAAGGCUGAAGAGCUGAGUCAGAAGAAGAGGAAGAGGGGAAGGAAGAGGAAGAAAAAGAGAGGAGAAAGGGGAGAAGAGCACCCACUUCUUAAACAGCCAGACCCUGGAACGAUUCAUAUCCAGCUUGGCAUCGGCUGGUGGCAUCAACAAGUGGCCGCAACAUUCAACCACUGGGAGGCCUACAGAGGACGAGCCCAUUUUCACUUUCGCAUUCAGAAGGAUGGCAUCGCUAACACCUUCUGGGUCAGUCCCUCUUCAUGCUGAUGUUGCAGAAGUUGCUUUUUAUCCAGUUGAGGUUUUGGUGCCCUUUGAGGAUGUAGCAAUUCAUUUCAGUAAGGAGGAAUGGGCCCUUUUGGAUCCAAGCCAAAGAACUCUCUAUAAAGAAGUGAUGGUGGAGAAUUAUGUCAACUGGGUCUCUUUGCGAGGAUAUUUAUUUCCCAAGCUCAUUUCCAGGCCUAAAGGUGGCCAGGAUCUCUACGUACAGGACUCCAAGGAAGUGGAGAGAUUUGCAGGCAACGGGAUGGAGAGCAAAAUCAAGCAGGAGCCUCUUCAGCUAGAAGAUUAUUCCUUGGAAGCAGCCGAGACUUUAGUGGGAAGAUCCCAGAAGAAUAGUUCCCCUUCAACGGAAGCUUUCAGCCUGGAUUCUCUCUCCUCAUUCGCUCCAUGUGAUAAAAGAGUAUUUGAGAAGUCAGAAGAUCAAGUGCUCAGUUCUGUGGACCUGGGAGCACAAGGGCCGUUCUCGGGAAGAACGAAACAGAAGGGGGAGGCCCCCGGGAGGCCCCUCAGAAGAGAAAGAGAAGAGGUGUGGACUGGAUUCGGGAGGACCUUUCAGUGGAAGUCUUUCCUCAUCCCGCACAGUCCUGGGGACCUGGGAGCACAAGGGCCGUUGUUGGGACGAGCGGAACAGAAGGGGGAGGCCUCUGGAAGCCGCCUUGCAGGAGAAAGAGAAGAAGUGUGGACUGGAUUUGGGAGGACCUUCCGGUGGAAGUCGUACCUCAUCCCGCGCGAAAAGAACCCUUUGGGGGAGAAGUUGCACAGGUGCCCCAUCUGCUGGAAAUGUUACAGCACGAGGUCCAUCCUUGCGACACAUCAGAGGAUCCACACGGGAGAGAGGCCGUAUCAGUGCUCGGUGUGCGGCAGAAGCUUCGGCCAGCGCGUGCACCUGGAGAACCACCAGAGAAUCCACACAGGCGAGAAGCCAUAUGCGUGCUCGGAGUGCGGAAAGACCUUUGGUCACUACUCCAGCCUGGUGGCCCAUGAGAAGAUCCAUACAGGCAACAGGCCGUACGCGUGCCUUGAGUGCAAGAGCAGUUUCAGCAACAGGUCAAGCUUCUUUAAGCAUCAGAGGACCCACCUGGCAGAGAGGCCAGGACCUGCUCCGAGCGUGGGGAAAGUUUCAGAGUGAGCCUUACAGAACAUCAGGGAAUCCUUCUCGGGGAGAGAGAGUGAACAACCGCCUCUGCUGUGAACUCGGUGUGUGACCCUUAGGAUCUCUCUGUAAUACAGCGAUGGGGAACCUGCGGCACUCCAGAAGUUGUUGGACUCCAACUCUCAUCACCCUGGAGUCCAGCAACAUCAGGACCACAAGUUUCCCAUCCCUGAUGUAAAAAAGGUGCCUUACACCAUGGUGGUGGUGGUGGUGGUGGGAGCUGUGGCCCAGGCAAGGGGAACCCCUGGUCAGUGGGCCAAAUUGGGCCUGCCCUGCACCUGAAGCGAUAUGAUGGCAGGUGUGGGACAGGAAAAGCCACAGCUGAAAGGAACCAUCAGAAACCUUUGAGUGCGCUCCUGAUUUGUUCCUCUGCAAGCCAUUUAAAUUUGACACCAAAUGCAAGCCCUGUUGAGACUGCUUCCACACAGAAGCUGAAAGCAAGCUCUGCGUUUGGCAGGAAUCCUUGCAGCUGCAGCUUGAAUUCAAACAGGGACUGCAGAGGAAGAAUCCAGAGCAUAUUUCAUGGUUCUUUCUUUGAAGUUGAGUCUUCUGACAGCAGAUGAUGUUGACUGAUUGACAGGUGGGCAGCCCCGUCCACCUGUCAAAAGCACCCCCCCUAGGAUGGGCGAGUUCGUCUAACGCUGCCAUGCCCCUCCAGAGGUUACUGCAGUACAACUUCCAUCAUCCCCAAUCCCAUUGGCUUGGCUGGCUGGGGCUGAUGGGCAUUGGAGGCCAGUGCCAUCUGGUGGACCAUGCAGAUUCCCCACCCAUGUCUCUAGAGCCUCAGCUGGGAAAAGUGGCCCAACAGGGUUUUAAAUGGCUAGAGGGUUUAUAAGGUUGUGGCUGGUUUUAUGAUGGCGUUUAACUGAUUUGGUUCCUUGUUAUGGCUGGUUUUAUGGUCUCUCUGAAUUUUUGCAUUAAAUACACCUAUGCACGGUAUUAUUUUCUGUAGGUUUUGCACUUAGUUUGUUCUGUUAUUUUAAUACUGUAUGGAAGACUCCUUGGGAAGGUACCUAUCUUAAGAGGCGGGGCAUACAUCUUUUUAAAUGAAUGCAUUUUAAAUAAAUAUUUCUUAACACCUGCUACCCAAGCCUUUUGACUGGAGAUGCCGGGGAUUGAGCCACAGACCUCUGGGUGGCAUUCAACUAAGUCCUACUCAGAGUAGACCCAUUGAAGAUAACGGACAUAAGGGAAAGUGCCGCAACUCAGUGAUUUCAGCCUAAUCACCAGGGACCAUCCCUGGCUUGAAACUUUGGAGAGCUGCUGCCUGUCAGUGUAGACAAUACUGGACCGAUGGUCUUGACUCAAGAUUAAGGCUUCUUCCUAUGCUCCUGUGCUGUGCAAUGCUUGAUUUGGGAACGGCCGCAGCUCAGUGGUAGAGCAUCUGCUUUGCAUGCAGAAGUUCCCCAGUUCAAUCCUUGGCAGCAUCUCCAAGUAGGGCUGGGACUGUCCCCAACCUGAAAUGUUGGAGAGCUUCUGCCAGUCAGUGCAGAAAGUACUGAAUUAGGCGGACCGGCUGCCUGAUGUAGCAUAAGGCAGCUUCCUAUGGUUCAUGGAGAAGUGAUUUACGUAGUAUAUUCAGGAUAGCAGAGCACCCGCUUUGCGCACAGAAGGUCCCAGGUUCAAUCCCCAAUGGCGUCUUCAGGUAGGGCUGUGAGAGGCUCUGAAAUCCUGGAGUGCCACUUCCAGUCAGUGUAGACAAUGGACUGACUCAGGAGUAGGCAGCUUCCUCUCUUCCCCAGUAGAGCUGCUCCUUGAAAGUUCAAAGUAAAACCCAAAGUAGAUUCAUUGUCCCACUGACACUGGAGCAGCCAUCCCCAUCUAUGCCUCUAGAAAUAAGUGGGGAGGUGCAGGCUUAGUAAAAGCGCGCCAACGGCAUGUGUAGAACAUCACGUCAGAGUUGUGUCUGCACUCCAGCUAGUGCAGAGGUCCCCAGAUGUUUUUCUUCCCCCGCGGACCACUUGAAAAUGGCCGAGGAUCUUGGCAGACCGCUGGAUUGUUUUUCGCAGCGACUGUAACACGCUGUGCUAGACGCCGUGUGAUUUUUAAUCGUGUGUUUUCUGCUUUUUUUAUUUCUUACAUUGUAUUUUGUUGUAUUACAAUUUGCAUUCCAUGGAAUUCAAAUGAUGACACCAUAAAAUGCAAUAUAAGAAAUAAAGGAAGCAACAAUCGUACGAUUAAAAAUCAGUAAUGAUAUUUAAUGCAGGCCGGCCGUGGACCACUUGAAGGAAGUUCACAGACCACAGAUGGUCCACGGACCACAGUUUGUGGACCACUGACCUAGCGUGAUGCAAGUGGGAGGAGGUGCUCAGGCCCUGCUUGUGGGCUUCCCACUGGGGCAUCUGGGUGGCCCCUGUGAGAACAGGAUGCUGGACUAGAUGGACCUUUGGCCUGACCCAGCAGCCAGGCUCUUUUUAGACAGCCGCAGCAUUUAAAUAUUUAAUCAUGUGGAUUUCUUUUUUUAAAAAAAGGGGGGGGAAUAUAUAGAAGAUUGUAAGGUUCUUCUGCAAAGACUUGCCUUUUGUUGCUCUUCUAUAAAGCGGCAUGUGUGUCAUUGGUGCUUGAACCAAUUCUUACCAGUUUUCAAGGCUUCCCAGCGGUAUCUAGUUGGCUACAAUGAGAAACAGGAGGCUACACCAGAUGAACCUUUGGAUCAGAUCCACCUGUUCUCUUCUUAUGUUCUUAGCAAUGAUGGUAAAUAGAACCUCCAUGUUCAGAGGCAGUAUACCUCAGGUAUGGGUCAAAGAAAACUGGAAGGCUAAUAUUGUCUUCAAGUCCUGCUUGUGGUCUUCCUAGAAGCACCUCAGUGUGGGAAUCAAGAUCCCUGCUUUGGAACUCCCUGCCUAUUAACAUCAGGCAGACAUCUUCAAUGUAUUCUUUUCAGCAUCUGCUUAAAACAUUUCUAUUUAGGCAAGCCUGGCCAGACACGUAAAUGCUGAUGUGUUUUAAUCUCUUUUCUUUACUGUUGUAAUUACUUGUUUUUAAUUAUUUUAUUGGUAAUUUUCAUGUUUGUAAAUUGCUUAGAGGUUUUUCACAAUCAAGUGGUGUAUACAUUUUGUUAAAUAAAUGACUAAAUAAAUAAGAUCUUGGUCUGGAUGGACCCUCAGUCAAACCUACUUAGGGAGAAUUCUGGAGAAUUUUGACAAGAGAGGAAAGGGAAGCAGAAACCACUGUAGUGCAUGUGCUUGUCUGUGGUCAGGAGCAGAAAUCAGUCAAGCAAAUAUGAUCAGUAUUCACUCCUAUCAUUGUUUUUAUUUUUGAGACUGCAAACAAUAUGUAAUUAAUGACCUUUUAAAACAUUGUUUUGAUGUUUCCUUUACAUUGAAAUGAAUGUCAGUUGUGUAAAUAAUAAUAAUAAUAAUAAUAAUAAAAUUUAUUACCCUCUCUUAGCCCGAAGGUCCCAGGAUAGGUCACAACAAUUUAAAAUUCAAUUAUUAAAAACAGUUUAAAACAAAUUAGAAUCACAAGAAUACAGUGAGUCCUAAAAUAUACAUCUCAGGUGUCAAAGGCCAGGGUAAAGAGGUGUGUCUUCAGCAUUUGACAAGAACUGUAUAAAAAGGUGCCAGAUAAACCUUUCUGAGGAGAGAGUUUCGCAGCUGAGGGGCUGCCACUGAGAAGGCCCUCUCCCAGGCCAACCCGACCAAGUUUCUGAGGGUGGUGGAACUAUAAAGAGUUUCUCCCCCUCUGCCAAUCUUAACCCUGAGAGGGUCUGUAGGGAAGGAGGCCGCCUUUCAAAUAUUUGGGACCUGUGUAAUUGGGCUUUACAGAGCAAUCCAACUCAGGGGAGAAGCUGGCAUAAGUUGUGCUGGAGCAAGAGAACAUAAGAACAUAAGAACAGCCUGCUGGAUCAGGCCAGUGGCCCAUGUAGUCCAGCAUCCUGUUCUCACAGUGGCCAACCAGGUGCCUGGGGAAAGCCCGCA